AUCAUAACUACAGUUGUGGAUGGUCUUAACGUGAUACUGACAUCGUGUGCCCUCGCGGGCAUGUUUACACGUGACUUUGUGUGUAAAAUAGACUUUAUGUAAAUAAAAAUGAUGUUCCACAGUAUCAUUUUGUACUGUAUUUUGUAAGGUGUCGUAGCAAUCAAGAUCGGCUUUACCGAUGGUAGUACUCCUAUUUUAUAAGCCAACAGCAUCAAGUCGUAAAAGAUUGCCACUUCCAGCUUCACUAACUACUCGUACGCCGUAGAGAAAUUCAGCCCCCACGCCCCUCUUCCGUCCUCUCCCAAAUCGAAGCAGGACCCCGCAGCGAAGGAAGCCUUUCCAAACCCAACCGCCAGCACUACACAACACCGCGGCGCUGCCACUCAACUGAUUACUACUACCUCCGCGUCGAUCUCCGGAGGCCGGAGACGGCCGCCCAGUGCGUCGGCGGCAGCUUGAGAGAUGGGCUGCUGCUUCAGCAAGAAGCGCAUGAAGCAUCCAGACGGCUCCGCUGCCUUCCCUCCCCGCUACAAGCCGGAGGACCGCGACCCCCCGCCCCCGCCGUCGCCGGAGGAGGAGAAGGUCAAGGAGGUGCUCUCGGAGACGCCGAGCACCAAGGUGGCGGCCGCGCCUAAGCCCGUCGCCAAUGUCGUUGCUGUGGAGGAGCAAGACGUGCUGAAGGUGGAAGUGCUGAAGGUGAAGGCUAGUGUGGAUCCCGCGGUGAGCGAUCUCGGGAGCUGCCUGUCGAUGGCCACCGACGAGAGGUCCGAGGCGGCUUCCGAGUCGUCCGUCGCGACCAGCUCGCUGGCGGGGCCGGAGCGGUCCCCGGGGAAGCCGGCCAGGAAGCGCGCCGUCUCCGGCGAGCUGGGGCUAGCCCGGCGCGACCGCGCUGUCGCCGCCGCCUACGGCGUGCGGUCCCGCAGCUGCCGGGGUUCGCCGUCCCCUCCUCCGCGGCGGGAGCCGCGGGAUCGCUCCGUGCGGAGGUCGCCGUCGCCCGCGGCGAAGCGGGCGUCGCCGGAGCAGCAUCGGGCCGCGAGCCCGGUCGCGUCCCUGCAGCGGAAGCCGCCCGUCCCGAGCAGGCCGUGCAGCCGCGCGUCGCCGCGCCGGGCGCGGGAGGCCCCUCCUCCGCUGUCCCCGCCCCCGCAGCCGGAAGAGGACGCCGUCACCACGGCAGGCGAGGAAAGCGUCGCGGAGGCCAAUGCCGGGGCCGACGGCCAAGGCGCCGGCGGUGGCGAGGGGAAGGAGUCGCUGGAGAACCCGCUGGUGUCCAUGGAGUGCUUCAUCUUCCUCUGAUUUGUCCGAUUUCCCGCUAUCCUCCUUCGAAUGCCUCUCCACUAAUCCCUGUUUAGGUGUGGCUGGCGUGCUGAUUAACCUGGGCUGGGCUAGCAGCAGUAAGAAAAAAGGUGUAGCGGGUUCGCGGUGAUGUAACGCUGCCGCCACCUUCCCGCGAAAUGCUGGUGGCCUUUGUCUUACGCGUUGGGUGGGGUGGGGUCGUCUUCUUUGGCUCUUGAGGGUGAUCCUUUGUUGUAUUUUGCCCAUCUGUUUAACUCAAAGAUCGUCAAGCCUUGCUUCUGA